GUCUUUCCGCCCCCGCUUCGGGAGGUUCCGUGGCGAUGCCGAGGCGAGCGUGCAAUUCAGAUGCAGAGAGAGACAGAGGAGAGCUGGAGCCGAACCGAGCCAAAACAUUCACAGACAAGGCCGGCAACGACAAGGCUGCAUUAGUGCAGCAGUCCCAGCGAGAGUGCCGUCCCCCCCGGAGGCAGUGAGUGAUCGCGCCGCUGCCCCUCUUGCUCCUCCCAGCCCGGGACGUAAUGCAGUGGGACCUGCAGUCAGUGGUCUCAUUUCUCCUCUCCCGCACGCCAACACCAGAGCUUGGUACACAGCCGCUGGUGGUUCUCCUCGCCGCCUUGCUCAUCCUGUUUCUCUGGUACUGCUAUCGGGUCGGAACCGAGGACCAGGAUUCGGAGAACGGCGGUGGUGGAGCUGCGAGGCGGGGCCGGCGCCGCAUCGGAACCAUGCGGGGGCUCAGCAUUCCUGGCUCCGCUGCUGGGCUGGAUCACUCGGACCUCGGGAUCAUCCCCAUCGGCGGGCCAGAGCACGGCGGAUACUUUGCACCGAUCCUGACCAGCCCGCCCUUCCCGAACCCGGGCCAGGCCAGCCCAGGAAACCGCAAGCUGUACCGGAACCUGCAGGAGUACGCCAAGCGCUACUCCUGGGCAGGCAUGGGCCGCAUUCACAAGGGAGUGAGAGAGCAGGCUCGCUAUCUCUCAGACAGGCUCACUGUUCAGAAGCCCAAGGUGUUCUUCCUCCCCGAUCUCCCCAGCACCCCCUACUUCCCCCGGGACGCUCAGAGGCAUGAUAUCGAGGUCCUGGAGGCCAGUUUCCCUGCGAUCCUGGGGGAGUUCGAGGCCGUGUACCUCAGGGGGGUCGAGGGGAAGCUGGGCUGGAGCUGCGGAGGGGCGCAACCCAAGGGCUUUUCCUCAUUCCCCCUCUUCUCUCUGGGUUCAUGGUCCCCCCAGAAUUGCCGCGCAUGCCCCCGCACAUACCGUGCACUCUCCUCGCUGCGCACAUUCAGUAACGGGAAUGUCUUUGGCAACGCCGAAUUCUCCGUGCUGCAGCCGGGAGCCAGCCUGCCGGGGGAGUGUGGGCCCUGCAAUGCCAGACUGAGGUGCCAUCUGGGGCUGAAGAUCCCGGCUGGCUGUGAGCUGGUGGUUGGGGGGGAGCCUCAGUGCUGGUCGGAGGGAUACUGCCUCCUGGUGGACGAUUCAUUCCUGCACACGACAGCACACAACGGUAGCCCCGAUGCUGGACCCCGGGUUAUCUUCACGGUUGAUCUUUGGCACCCGAAUGUAGCCGCGGCAGAAAGACAAGCCCUGGAUUAUAUCUUCGCACCGGGGCGCUGAAUCAACGAGAGAGAAGUACGCCUCAAAACCACCAGAAACACUGUACCCCCUCGUCCCUCCCCUCCCCCUCCCCUCUCCCCCUUCCCUCCCCUCAACCCCACUCCCCUCAUCUCCCCUUCUCCCCCUCCCCUCAACUCACCUCACCCUCUCCCCUUAACCCCAUUCUCCCCACUCCCCUUACAUCUCCCACUCCCCUGAACGUCGCUCCCCUCUCCCCUCACAUCUCCCUCUCCCCUCGACUCCACUCCCCUCUCACUCCCCCACUCCCCUCUCCCCUCACAUCUCCCUCUCCCCUCGACUCCACUCCCCUCUCACUCCCCCACUCCCCUCUCCCCUCACAUCUCCCUCUCCCCUCGACUCCACUCCCCUCUCACUCCCCCACUCCCCUCUCCCCUCACAUCUCCCUCUCCCCUCGACUCCACUCCCCUCUCACUCCCCCACUCCCCUCUCUCCUCUCCCUCUCCCCUCUCCUCUCCCUCUCCACUUAAGGUUCAAGACUUCUCACUAAUAUAAACUAAUACAACCAACCUCUAUCAUAAUAAUGUAUAAUAACAAAUAUUUCUGUAUAU